AUGACUUCAAAUGUAAUCUUUCAACAUCGACAACGUUUUCAAAGAGUUUUUGUUCGAUCAUUUUUUGGUUUAUUUACAGAAUAUGAAACACCAAAAUUAGUUGUAAUACAUAGUUUAUCACUUACUAUUUUACUUCGUCUUAUGCAAGCUAUUCUUCUAAUCUAUUCCAUAUUAUAUUUACUUUUAUAUGAAAAAGGUUAUCAAAAACAGGAUACAUCAAUUGUAUCAUCCGUUACACUUAAAGUUAAAGGAAUUGGUUAUAUACAUACAGCACAAAAUGGAACACUUAUUAUUGAUGUAGCAGAUUAUAUUAUUCCACCAUCGGAAAAUAAUGCUAUAUUUAUAAUGUCAAGUUAUGGUCAAACUGAUCAAAUACGAUCUAAAUGUUCAGAAAGUUCACUUUUAAAAGAAGCAGAAUGUGACAAUGAUAAUGAAUGUCAAAAUAAACCAUUUUCACCAAGAGCAAAUGGACGUUGGACAGGUCGAUGUAUAUUACCAUCCGACGGACAAAUUUCUAAUGAUACAUUGAGUAAAACAAAAUCAUCGAAAGGUUUAUGUGAAUAUGCAGGUUGGUGUCCACCUGAAAAUGAUGAAGCAUCACCAGCGCUUAUUAAUGAAGUUUUGAAUUUUACAAUAUUUAUAAAAAAUUUUAUUGAAUUUCCAGUAUUUGCUGUUAAACAUAAAAAUAUGGUUGAUGAUUUAAAACCAUGUGUUUUCCAUGCGAAUCUGUCGAAAGAUUGUCCAAUAUUUACUCUUGAUUAUAUAGUAAAUCAAGCUGAAAAAGAUGCGGAAGAACGUGAUCUAAUGUUACGUCUUGGUGGUGUUAUAAGUGUUAAACUUGAUUGGGAUUGUGAUUUAGAUCGAGGUAUAAAAUUAUGUAAACCAGAAUAUACAUUUGCUCGUCUUGAUGUUCCAUUUCGUGAAAAACCAUUUUCACGUGGGUUUAAUUUUCGUUAUGCAUUUCAUUGGAAAUCGACGUAUGAAAAUCAUCGUACAUUAACUAAAGCUUAUGGUCUUCGUUUAAUAAUUGCUGUUAGUGGUAAAGCUGGAAAAUUUGAUUCAAUUACAUUAAGUUUAAAUACAGGUUCAUUAGUUGGAAUAUUUGGUUUAGCAACAUUUUUUUUGCGAUAUUAUUUUACUUCAUUUAUCAAAAAAAUCACAACACGUUUAAAUAGUGUAUUUCAACGUCCACCAGAUCUUACUCAAAUUGAUAUUAAGGAAAAAUCUACAAUUUUAGAAACAACUACUAGUCGAACUGAUUUAGUAAAUGCAAUGUAUGAAAAUAAUACAAAAUCUCUUAGAAAAACAAGUUCUACACGUCCAUUGACACUGACUAAUUCAGAGAAAAUGAAGGUACAUCCGGAAGAGGAAUGA